AACCUUACCUAAGCGGGAUACAGUAUCUUAAUCAGCGAAACUAUAUUUGUCCUAAUCAAAUUAAUUAAUUUCCCUUCUUAUUCCCUCAUUUUCUGUUUUUCUAGAAACUAUUUGUUUUUCUUCUUCUUCCUCUCCUUCUUCUUCAGUAUCAGCUACUUUUCUCAGUGUACCAUUGUGUCUGUUUCUUCUCUUUUACACUUUCUGAGUGUCUCUUAAGAGCAGAAAAGGGAGAAGGCUUGUGGGUUUUCUGUUGAAAUGGAAAGAAAGCAGGAGAGUCGUUCGCGGGCUAAAAGUCCCGCCAGGACUGCAUCACCAAUGUCCAACUUACUGCGCCGUCGGAGGAAGAAUUACAGCCACCAUCCCGAGCCCUUUUUCUUUAGGUCUGGGGGCCUCAGGCCGGCCGAAGCUUUGUCGCCGUUGAAAGAAGGUCCUGAUCCUGAUGGAACGGACGCUGAAAAUUCCAGGAUGGAAGGUAGGUGGGCUCAGUGGAUAAAAGGUCAGCUGGCACGAGGAGGCCCUUCCGUUUCUACCUCAACCUGUGAACGCUCCGAUCUGAGGUUGUUGCUUGGAGUCUUGGGUGCACCGCUCGCGCCAGUGCACGUUAGCGCUUUGGACUCUUUCUCUCACAUCACCAUUAAAGACACCCCAAUUGAAUCAUCAUCUGCUCAAUACAUAUUACAGCAGUAUACUGCUGCUUCAGGUGGGCAAAAGCUUCAGAACUCCAUCCACAAUGCUUAUGCAAUGGGUAGGGUUAGAAUGAUAGCUUCCGAGUUCCAGACGGCUAACAAGGUCACCAAGAAUCGGAAUUCUACCAAAGUUGCCGAAUCUGGUGGGUUUGUGUUGUGGCAAAUGAAUCCCGACAUGUGGUACGUGGAGCUCGCACUUGGUGCUAGCAAGGUUCAUGCUGGCUGCAAUGGGAAGCUUGUGUGGAGGCAUACUCCUUGGCUUGGUGCACAUGCUACUAGAGGCCCUGUUCGCCCCCUUCGCCGUGCACUCCAGGGUCUUGAUCCGAGAACAACAGCAAGCAUGUUUACAAAUGCGAGAUGUAGUGGUGAGAAGCAGAUCAAUGGGGAGGAUUGUUUUAUACUCAAGCUUUGUGCCGAUCCCGCAACAUUGAAGGCCAGGAGCGAAGGACCUGCUGAGAUCGUUAGACAUGUUUUAUUCGGCUACUUCAGCCAGAAAACAGGCCUUCUUGUGCACUUGGAAGACUCACAUUUAACCCGAAUUCAAAACAACGGGGGAGAUGCUGUGUACUGGGAGACUACAAUCGAUUCAUCUCUCGAGGAUUACAGACUUGUUGAAGGAAUAAUGGUUGCUCACUCGGGACGCUCCGUGGUGACCCUUUUCCGGUUUGGAGAUACUGCAAUGAGCCACACUCGGACCAGGAUGGAAGAAGCGUGGGCAAUCAAAGAAGUGGCAUUCAAUGUUCCAGGUCUGUCAGCGGACUGCUUCAUACCUCCUGAUGAAAUAAGAUUGGCUUCAAUGGAUGAAGCCUGUGAAUUCUCUCAGGGUCCAACCCUAAAAACUAGUUUGGCUACUGCUCCAUACCGAUCCAAAGUUGGUAAACUAGAUAAAAGCUCAUGAAACCAUUUUAUCUGGGAGGAUGAAAUUUUUUUAAAAGAAGAGGGCUUUUUGGCAAAUUUCCAUACAACUUUGACUACAUGUAACACUUUUACUUGACUAACUAACUACAAGCUAAAGUCGAAAUUGUACUUGUCUGUAAGAUUUUUUUGUUAUUGGAUAAUGUCGCUUUCAAUUUGUAAAUA